AUGCGUUUCUCUCUCAUCGCCGUCUUGCCCUUCCUUGUCUCUGCUGUCGUUGCGCAGCGCGGCAUUGGAGGUGAAUGCCGCAAUGAUGCCGAUUGCAUUAGAUGUCUUAACAACAAGACACCUCUCAUCUGCAAGACUGACUCCACGUCCACGACUGGCAAGCGAUGUGGCGCUGUUGAUCCCCCUUGCCGGCCUUUCUAA